AUGUCGUCCCUCCGCCGCCUUGCACAAACGAAUGCCGCCGUCUCCGCAUCCCCGAGAGCGGGCGGCAAGUCCAGCGUGUCCGCGGUCCCCUCUCCAUCCACCCCCACGCGUACUUCCACUUCCCGGACGCGUCUCGUAUAUCCAGUAUCUCCUGCCACCUCUCCCUCUCUGUCCGCUUCGACUCCAUUCGACUGGGAAGCUGCGCGGUCACGACGGCCAGCUCCAUAUGCCACCCCCAAUGCCAAGAAGAACAGCCGACCGAGCGACUUUGGCACUCCAGGGAAAACUCCAAGCAAGCGUGUAGUACGCAAAAAGUCCUUUAUCGAGCGGGUUUCCGAAAUUCCCUCCCGAGUGUCUUUCGAGAUCUCUCAGUUUCCCAGCAAUGUUCCACUGCCGUCUCCACAUAAUUCCGCACGAAUCCUUGGUGGCGCCCUGCACUUCCUGCACCUUUGCGUGCGUGUGUCGCAGAUUCGAAAAGUGCCCGAUUCCGACCUCGGCUGGGAGGACAUGUACCGCGAGGGCGAGGGCGAGCCGUGGUUCGACUGGACAACACCAGUCACCUUCCUAGUGAUCAGCGCUUCUGUUGUGAAUGUGCUCUACCUGUUUACCCGCACCAAGAUCUACUACCUCACCCUCGCCCCCGACCCUGUCUCCUCUCCACACGCCUCCUUCAUCAAACGCCCUCGCACCUCGCAUCGCAACUCCUCGUCCUCAUCCAUGUCCGACGACCUCCCGCGCCGCUCCACGCUCUCCUCCCUCUACAGCCUACUUGCCACCAUCCUGUCCGCGCUUUGGCGCGGGCUCGUGGUCAGCGUCCGCUUCCUGCUCAACCUGAGCCCGCCAAAGGCGCGCCCGCCGCAGCCGUGGGAGGAAGACGAGCGGGUGCAGCAGCUCGAGGUGUGGACCCCGGGCGAGCUCGAGAUGGCGCUCCUCGGGAUCUACUCGCCCGUGCACGCGCUGCUGUGGAUGGCGACGACGAGCGCGAACUGGAUGAUGAUGCUCUUCAUCAUGUUCCUCGUCGGGAUCCAGGUGCGCGCGAUGGCGCACUCGUACGAGGCCCUGAUGAAGGACCGCGCGAUCAUCGCCGCGGAGGUGCUGCACGAGUACGACGAGAAGUUCGUGAACCCGCGUGUCAACCCCGUGCGCAAGGACGCGGCGGUCAUGACGCACGAAUCGGAGAUAGUCAACGUAUGGUAG